CGGGUGAGUAGGGCGUCCAUUCGGGGCGUGUAUCAGCUCAGGUUUGAAUGGAGACGGAAAUAUGUGAGUUUCUGUGAGAGAGAAAAAAAAAAGAAGAAAAAAAGUAAAGCCCGGACGCGGAGUAGAGCCGCAGUCAGAGAACAUUUCACAUUCACAGAUCCGAAGAGAUUCAAGAAGAGGAUUUACUCACCUGCAAACUGGCCGUCCUCUUCCUCUCCGUCAGCCUCCAAGAUAGAUUCUCUCAGGAGUAAAGUGGAGCUGCUGAAGCUGCCCUUGAGUCUGUCGUCCAAAUCCAUCUCGGAGCGCAAGACUCGGCUGGGCGGAGCCUCAGAGCGCUCCAGGGGCGGAGCUGGGGCCCACAAACCCCGCCCACCGGCCCCAGACAUGGACAACGAGUCGCAGUACUCGGGCUACUCCUACAAGUCUUCACAUUCACGCAGCUCUCGCAAACACAGGGACCGGAGGGACCGGCAUCGCUCUAAGAGCAGAGACGGUAGCAGCAGAGGAGAUAAGUCUGUGACCAUCCAGGCCCCCGGAGAGCCACUGCUGGACGCCGAGAGCACACGAGGAGAUGAGCGGGAUGAUAACUGGGGCGAGACCACGACGGUGGUGACGGGGACGUCGGAGCACAGCGUGUCUAACGAGGACCUGACGCGGGCGUCUAAGGAGCUGGAGGACUCGUCUCCGCUGGAGUGCGGGCGGUUCGUGGGGCCGGUCCUGAGCGGUGUUCUGGGUGUGUUUGCGCUCCUGACGCCCCUGGCCUUCCUGCUGCUGCCCCAGCUGCUGUGGCGGGACGCUCUGGAGCCCUGCGGGACCCCGUGCGAGGGCCUGUACGUCUCUCUGGCCUUCAAGCUGCUGGUGCUGCUCAUCUCGUCCUGGGCUCUGUUCCUGCGGCCGCCUCGCUCCACGCUCCCGCGCUUCUUCGUCUUCCGCUGCCUGCUGAUGGCGCUGGUCUUCCUCUUCGUGGCCUCGUACUGGCUCUUCUACGGCGUGCGGGUGCUGGAGCCCCGCGAGCGAGACUACAGGGGCAUCGUGGGAUACGCCGUGUCUCUGGUGGACGCGCUGCUGUUCAUCCAGUAUCUGGCGCUCGUGCUGCUGGAGGUCAGGCACCUCAGACCUGCCUUCUGCCUCAAAGUGGUGCGCAGCACUGAUGGAGCCAGCCGCUUCUACAGCGUGGGACACCUCAGCAUCCAGCGGGCAGCGGUGUGGCUCCUGGAUCACUACUACACUGAUUUCCCGGUCUACAACCCUGCUUUACUCAACCUGCCCAAGUCCAUCCUGUCCAAGAAGAUGUCUGGGUUCAAGGUGUACUCUCUGGGAGAAGAGACCAGCACUAAUAACUCGACGGGUCAGUCUCGGGCGAUGAUCGCCGCCGCCGCACGCAGACGGGACAACUCUCAUAACGAGUAUUACUACGAGGAGGCCGAGAUGGAGCGCAGGGUGCGGAAACGCAAGGCCAGGCUGGUGGUGGCAGUAGAGGAGGCCUUCACUCACAUCAAGAGGCUCCAGGAGGACGAGGCGUCGUCGCCCAAACACCCGCGUGAGGUGAUGGACCCUCGAGAGGCGGCCCAGGCCAUCUUCGCCCCCAUGGCUCGGGCCAUGCAGAAGUACCUGCGCACCACGCGCCAGCAGCCGUACCACAGCAUGGAGAGCAUCAUCACACACCUGCAGUUCUGCAUCACUCACAACAUGACGCCCAAGGCGUUCCUGGAGCGUUACCUGGCCCCGGGGCCCACCAUGCAGUACCAGCGAGAGAAAGCCAGCAGGGGGCGUCAGUGGACGCUGGUGAGCGAGGAGCCCGUGACCUCAGCGCUGCGGCAGGGUCAGGUGUUCUCCCUCCGACGCCUCGACUUCUCUCUGGUGGUCACCGUCACCCCCCUCCCGUUCCUCACCCUGGGGGAGGAGUUCAUCGACCCCAAGAGCCACAAGUUCGUGAUGCGGCUCCAGUCAGAGACCUCAGUGUGAGAGCACCACGAGAGACGCCGUCACAAGGACCCAACCACUCGACUUCUGUCAGA